AUGGAUUCGCGGGAGGUCCCUUCUCAGGACCAGUCCGGUUCAUCUCAACUCCACCACCCUCCCUCAAUCACUCGCGCCGGAGGUGCUGCCGGUGCUACUCAAUUCCCUUCUUCACUCGCGUCCAAAAGAACGACGCGGGACUCGAUGACCUUUUCGUUCCCCCCGCUCUUCCAGCCCAACACGUCCUCGACAUCACUUGUCCCUUCGACAGCCGAGGGAAAGCCUAUACCUCUCGACGACAGCACCGCAGCGCAUCGUACAUCUGCCCUGCGGGAGCUCAACAGCAAUUAUCCUUCCCGUCACCGCUAUGCCAAGUCAACUGGUGCCCAGAGCAGCACGUACUCUCAGCCUGUCAUUGUCAGGACGUACUCUGGAUCCCACAGUCGGCCCACGAGCACAAACCGCAGUAACGGUGUCAGCGGGGGCGGUCUUGGCUCCCGGACAGCUUCAUCCGUUGUGAGCGGUCCCGCGGCAUCCGUACGGCGUAUCAUAGCUCUUCGGACCCCAUUCAGCGGGAACAAGUCGACUCAGCAUGGCGGUCUGAGUAUGGCGAGAGGCAUGGCGAAGAAACGGCUGGAAGGCCAGGAUGCCCUGGCCAAGCUCCCACCCGUCGAAGCUUACAGCUUCAAGAGCAUGAUGGCCAACAUUGAGGCGCAGGAGGGAGAGAACAAUAUCAACGCCGACCUCGAUCGUAUUGCUGAGAUAUGUGCCCGAUCACGAUACUCGUUGAGCAACCAGUAUGAGGUUCAUGUUGCUCCUCACGGGUCCGGCGCGUCUUUCGUUAGCCACGCCUCAUCAUCCAGGCGCCAGCGCCAGAAUGCCGGCCCGACACUGGAGGCCGUAGUGUCGGACGAUGAGCGCAGACACAAGAAGAGGCGGAGCGGCGGUAGGAGAAGAAGCAUAGCAAUGGGGACGCUUGAAACCAUCAUGUCUUCAAGUCGGUCUUCCGAGGAAGACAAGUCGAAGAAGAAAUCGGCCGCAGAGAUCACGGCUGAGGUACGGGGCAGAACCGCAAGGAAGACUUCGGGUAGCACAUCGCCGACUUCAUCGGCCAGCGAAGGCGAGGGGCCGUUGAGCAAAAGUCAGCAGGACCAGCCCCCACCGCUUGUGAGGCGGAAGUCAUCGUCGUUUGCCACAGCCAUGCUAGAGAGCACACGCCAGGGCUUGGCCACCAAUACUGCCUCACCGCGAAGCUCAGCAACAGGCCUGGUCAGCGAGCCGGCCUUGCCAAAAACCUCGACGAGCCAUCUUGAAGUCCGAACAGACGUUGAGGAGAACGUGGCCCAUCGCCAUGCACCCAAGGGUUCGGACGAAAGGCCCCGAGCCGCUGUUCAUGAGCCCCAACACUGCGAGACUUCGGCUCAGGUUGAUCAGAUGAAGAUGCCGACAGGGCUUCUCGCUGGUCUAACCGGUUGGGUGCCGUGGAGAUUGCCACCUAUUGUGGGACUUGGCUCGGCGUCUGCUCAGGGCGGCGUUUCGAGGAGCCAUGCCGAGGGCAGCCUGCGGGAAUUGCUCAAGACGACUGAUUUCAAGAGCAAAGGGAAGGCCGUUGAGGGCCAGUCUUGA